AUGCCGUUCCUGCACGGCUUCCGGAGAAUCACCUUCGAGUACCAGCCGCUGGUGGACGCGAUUCUGGGCUCCCUGACAGCCCAGAACCCCGAGCGGCAGGAACCCCUGAACGGGCCCAGUCAUGUUGCCAGCGAGGAGAGCAAAAUCCUUGUUCUCACUGAGCUGCUGGAAAAGCAGGCACACUCCCCAUUUUACCAAGAAGGUGUGAGCAAUGCCCUGCUGAAGAUGGCUGAGCUGGGACUGGCAUGGGCAGCGGAUGUUCUUCUACAGAAUGGGGCCAACCUCAACUUUGAAGAUCCUGUCACUUACUACACUGCCCUGCACAUUGCCGUCCUGAAAAACCAGCCUGACAUGGUAGAGCUGUUGGUGCGCCACGGGGCAGACAUUAACCGAAGGGAUCGGGUUCACGAGAGCAGUCCCCUGGACCUGGCCAGUGAAGAGCCAGAGCGCCUGCCCUGCCUGCAGCGCCUCCUGGAGCUCGGAGCAGACGUCAAUGCUGCAGACAAGCACGGAAAGACUGCCUUGCUCCAUGCUCUGGCCAGCAGUGAUGGGGUGCAGAUCCACAACACUGAGAACAUCCGGCUCCUGCUCGAAGGAGGAGCAGAUGUCAAGGCAACCACCAAAGACGGGGACACUGUAUUCACCUACAUCAUCUUCCUGCUUGGUGAAACAGUGGGAGGUGACAAAGAAGAAGCGGAGUCAAUCAAUCGCUUCUGCUUCCAAGUGACACAGUUGCUGCUGGCCCACGGGGCAGACCCCAGCGAGUGCCCUGCUCAUGAAUCCCUCACCCAUAUCUGCCUCAAGAGCUUUAAACUCCACUUCCCCCUCCUGCGCUUCCUGCUGGAGUCCGGAGCUGCUUACAACUGCUCCCUCCAUGGGGCGUCCUGCUGGUCUGGCUUCCAUAUCAUCUUUGAGAGGCUCUGUUCCCACGCAGGCUACCCCAAAGACGACAGCCACGUUUCUGAAGAUGAGGGCCACCUCACUGAAGAUGAGAGUCACAUGGACCUCCUGCACAAAGCUGAGGCUGUCCUAGAUCUCAUGGUGACUAACUCCCAGAAACUCCAGCUGCCUGAAAACUUUGAUAUUCACCCUGUGGGCAGCCUGGCAGGAAAGAUCCAGGCCCUGCAUUGUUCCUUGCGGCAGCUGGAGAGCUACCCUCCACCCCUCAAACACCUGUGUCGUGUUUACAUCCGGCUCUACCUUCAGCCGUGGCCUGUGGAUGUGAAGGUCAAAGCCCUGCCUCUGCCUGACAGGCUCAAGUGGUAUCUCCUUAGCGAGCACAGUGGCACCCUUCAAGAUGGCAUCUGA